CGUAUGGAUCCUUCUAAGCAUCACCCUUUGAGACGCCAGCUUACCUCCUCCAGCUCUUCUGCGACGCUUGCCUGCUUGUCAGGGCUUCUCAUCACCUUCUCUGCCCGUAGGACUGCCGGCUGCGGAGCGACGAUACAGGCGGCCGGCCUGCGCGAUCAGUAGCCCUCAUCUCCGUCUCCCACUACCAGCGCCUUCCCGAGACGAGCGACAAUGGACGACGACGAUGACUGGCAAGAGAUGCCCGUCAUUGCCAGUGGCAGCGCACCAGCUCAUCGGCGCCGCGCUGGAGCUCGCUCCUCCGAUGACGACGACGACGACGAGCGAGACUCCAAUGAUGAGCAGAACUCUCCAUCGUCCUCGCGCUACGAGGCAUAUCACGCCGGGCCAUCUUCGUCACGGGUGCCCAUGACCGGAGCGCCUCGAGCCUUCAGUCCCACAAGAAGAGGCACAGGUCAUCAAAGUACUUCUCAAGGAGCAUACCUCCCGAAUGCUACUGGCAAGUCUCUCAAGCUCAACGAUGCUCGGGGCUACGACUGGAGAGCAAAACCCACCGGCGCUCCGGGAAUGCACUCUUCCCGGCGAGCAGAUGAGAACGAUAGCAGGAGCGGCCCGCAACGGAUAGACCAAGACGAUGACGACAACAACAACAACGAAGACGACUCGGAAGAAGAGUCGGACGAUGAAAAGGGAAAAGGAUAUACGCAGCUCCGCCUCGAUGAAGACGUAGAAGGCGAUCAGCUGCACGACGCUACCUCGUACCUCUUCGGAGACUCUGCCUUAUCGGCAGCCAAGGACGAAUCGUCGAUCGGAUACUCGCAUCAGAGCGAGUCUACAGCGACGCCACUGAGCCAGAUGAUGACUACAAAGUCGCUGCUGAGUGAGCCGCAGAAGAUAGCCUACGUAGGCCUGUGCGCCCUCAAGGCCAAGGAAAUGGUAAGGGCGAUGACUCGGGUGCCUGGCGCUGCCAAGGACCUCAAGGAGAGUAUCAGAAGCAUAGAGGAGUGGGAAGUCAAGGUCAUGGCUAGGCUGUUCCAACACAUGGACAUCGAUGCAAGUGAGCAAGCCAUGAUCAAGUCACUAGGCGACCACGGCGUAUUGGCGUCCGACUUGGCCCCGAGUCUCGUCACAACACAGCAAAUAGAGAACCCCGACUAUGAUCCGAUAGCCGCUCAGGAAAAGGAAGAAAAGGAAGCUCACGACAAGGAGCAGGCUGAACUCCACAGAGAGGAGCAGGAGGCCGACGAUCAAGAGCACACCGAGCCUCAGCCACAGCCCGCGGAUGAGGUUGCUGAAUCGGAUUCCAGCGUAGACGGCAGUACGCAGAGUGUGCCGGGGUCCCCCAGAGACAACGAUUCAGGCUCACCCACUCUGGGUGAAGGGUCAACCGGCACUCAGUCCCCCGCGGAAAUGUUCACGCCUCGGGCUGAGACCGAUCAGGAGCUGCCUGAUGUCAAUCAGCCUUCCGUCACCAAAGACGUGAACGACACCGAACCACUUGCCGCUGCACCGCUUCGAGCCGAUCCCAACACCGCAGCGCAAGCCGAAGCUCUUGAUGCGAAUGUUGCUGCAACACCAGCACAGCCUUCGACGUUUGGCCUGACUGCAGAACCUCAAUCCGUUCAGCCUCUGCCCUCUGCUCUGCCCGGAGUGACGACUGAGCUCUCCACUUCGGACACACACAUCACACUCGACCUCCGGUGGACAAUUCUCUGCGAUUUGUUCCUCGUAAUGACGGCCGACUCGGUGUACGAUGCUCGAUCACGAGUGCUCCUGGAGAGAGUGGCCGAGCAGGUGGGUCUCAGCUGGAUGGACGUCACCAAAUUCGAAAAGCGUGUGACCGACGCUCUAGAAAUCGAAGAGGGCGUGGAGAAGCUCAAGGACAAGAGCGCCAUCGCCCGACGCGAGGCCGAAGCCUCGAAGAAGAAGUGGGCAAUGAUCGGUCUAGCCACCGUAGGUGGUGGCCUGGUCAUUGGUCUGUCGGCUGGACUCGCUGCUCCCUUGGUGGGGGCUGGUCUGGCAGGCUUUCUGGGCACUGUCGGCAUCGGUGGUACGACGUCGUUCCUAGGUGGAGUGGGAGGCGCCGCCCUCAUUACUACCACUGGCGCCGUUGGAGGUGCUGCCGUGGGGGGUCGAGGUAUGACAAGACGAACGCAAUCCGUCAAGACGUUUGCCUUCAAGCCCAUCCACAAUAACAAGAGGGUGAAUUGCAUCGUCACGGUGCCCGGCUUCAUGAAUGGUGACCAAGAUGACGUCAGACUACCCUUCAGCGUAAUCGACAGUAUCAUGGGAGACGUGUUCAGUGUGCUCUGGGAGCCGGAGAUGAUGAAGGAGAUGGGUAACGCCAUUUACAUCCUCUGGAACGAGACAUUGGUCAUGGGUGUGCAGCAAGUCUUGGCUGCAACCAUUGCAGGAGGGUUACUAGGGGCCUUGGCCUGGCCUCUAUGGCUGUCGAAGCUCGGCUACCUCAUCGACAAUCCUUGGUCCAAUGCUACCACUCGAGCAGAAGCGGCGGGCAAGAUUCUGGCAGACAUCUUGGCACAUCGGCAAUUGGGAGUUCGACCGAUUACGUUGGUUGGAUUCUCGCUGGGCGCUAGAGCAAUCUUUUACGCCUUGCAUGAGCUACACAAGAAGAAGGCAUAUGGUGUGGUACAGAAUGUCUACAUUUUCGGUGCCCCCGUCACCGCCAGUGACAAGACCUGGAAAGAAGUCCGGAGCGUCGUAUCUGGCAGGUUCGUCAACGGCUUCUCCCGCACCGACUGGAUUCUAGGCUACCUCUUCCGUGCUACCUCUGGUGGUCUUCGCUCGAUUGCAGGUCUGCAUCCAGUGGAGCGGGUCCCCGACAUUGAGAAUGUCGAUGUGACAACGUCCGUGCCUGGCCAUCUGCAGUAUCGCGCCUUCAUGCCGCUGGUCAUGAGCGAGGUGGGCUUCAAGGUCACACAGGACUGGUUCGACGAACCAGAAGAUCUGAGCAAGAUCCCCGACCGUCAGAUGGUCCUGGACGAUCUUGCUGAGCAAGAAGAAGAGAUGAAGAGCGUCAAUACCAAGACGGGUGGCUUUGGGCGCAUCUUCAGACGGAACAAGGGGACUAGCGAUGGAUCCGCUCCUGGUACGCCUACUGCCGACGCGUCCAGACCUGGAACGCCAGCGAAAGCACCCACGACCGUUGCUGGUGGUAUUGUUGUCCCCAAGAGAGAAGCUGGGACAGGCAGGGAAGAAUACGAUGAAGGCGAUGCGGAUGCGGACGAUGAAGACGAUAUGCCACCGAGAGAGGAAGCCGCUAGUGCGAGUGCAGAAGCCCCGCUUCCGCCAAGCGAGCCUGCAGAGGCUGCUGCCACACCGGCCGAAACUACACUUACGCCCCCUGAGGCUGCUGCAACACCUGCAGAGGAUCGACCUGCCACGCCCGAGGUAGAAUUGCCAGCCAACCGCUCUGCUCACGUCGACACGGAUGCCAUCCUUGCGGAAUUGCGCGAAAGCGGCAUAGAAGUCAGGGAACUGCAAAGUUCUCUCCCGGCCUUGUCGCUGGCCUCAGCGCCUUCCUCGCCAGCCGUCAAGGAUUCCUCCUUCACCACCAACAGUGCCGAUAUGGCUACCAACAAUGAGCAAGCUGCGAGCGUGGCACCGCUGGCUACCCCUGUCAUCCGCGAACCACCUCCUCGGCCAUCGCUAAGAAGCAGCAUGUCUUCGAUCUUUGGCUCGCGCAAAGCCUCGAGCAAAGCACAGACAAGCUCGCAAGCAUCAUCGAGGGUUGCCACGCCCACUCUGGGCUCGAGAGCCGCGCCUAGCCCUGCACCGGCUGCUGUGGAGAUGGAAAAGCCAUCCUUGAGUCUGCCUGGAGGUGUGUAUGCACAAGGCAGCGCGGCAGCAGCGGCGGCCUCGUCCUCCGCUCGCCACGAGCAGCUGCACCGUCAAGACAGCAACCCGGGCUGGGGAGACUCACCUUCCGAGGCCAGCGCAGCCGAAGCGAGCAAUUCUGUGCAUGGCGCUGACAGAGGAUGGGCAAAGCCGUUCAACUCUUCUGCUGCCUUUGAACGAGACCUGCCUCUGCAGCCACCUGGCUAUGCACCCCCUUCAGACGUCAACCUAUCCUUUGCAAGCGACUUUGAUGACGGGGACGAGGCACCUGGGUCAGAGCAGACUACGGCGGACUCCACCCUUGGCGCUCGCAGCUACGGCCUUUCUGCAGAAGCAGCUCGUGAGCUCGCGCGGCAAUUUGGCGCGGGUACAAGUGUCGGCAACGGCGGCGGUACGAGUGGCUCAGCAACCAAGGAGACGUACCCGUCGAGUGACUUUGAUGCAGGUGGUUGGGGAGCUCCGCAAUCCUUUGCAGGUACCAGCACGGGGGCAUCGCCGUACGCUACUGGUGCUGGCAAGUCCAGCAAUGCUGCAUCGCUGUCUAGUGCGGCCUUCGGUGGCGGGUGGGGUGCGUCACCUGGGGACGAGCAGGUCCCAAGUACUGCGGACAUGUCAAGGGAAGGCUCUUUACCGCGGCCAUUGGACAGCUUGUAUGUUGGCAGUGGACGUGCCAAGGAGGAGGAUGUGGAUACAGCUGCUGCAAAGGUCAGAACACCGAUGACCUUCCAGGAGGCUUCGGAGAACCCCUGGGGAUAGUGGAGCGUCACCACGGGCGCGGCCGCGUCAUUAUCUGUAGUCCUGCAUCGAUGUCGUCUUAGUGCGAGUGCUGUAAUCUAUCUCCCUGCUACUGUACUUUUGACCACCU